AUGGCUGCUACUAAUGACAAGUCCUCCCCCAAGCGAAAUCGAGGAUGGUACCAAGACGACCUGACCGAAGUCAACGAGCCUAUCCGAAGACUCCUGGAGAGUUAUUCCAAGGUUCCCAGUUCCGAUGUUGUCCAACAUGUGAACAGCAUACGUGAACGGGGCUUCGCGGCCAAUCCUUACCCGUGCAUUGGGCUGUACCGUUUUACUAAUCUGACGCUUAUUACACACUCAUUAUACGAUAGGAUUGUAUCGCGCCUCAUGACUACAGAUGAUGCCACCUACCUGGACGUUGGUUGCUGUUUCGGCCAGGAUCUGCGGCAGCUGGUACAGGACGGAGUUCCCUCAGCCAGGCUCACGGGUCUCGACGUCGCCGGUCCAUUGAUGGAGCUUGGUUACGAAUUCUUCCUUGACCGGGAGACACUUCAAUCUCGUUUCGUGGUGGCCAACGUGUUCCAGGGUCCAGCGCAAGGUGAGGUCUGGACGGAGCUGGAAGAGCGCGGCGGCGCCGAUGUCAUGCAUUGCAGCGCCUUCUUUCACCUGUUUACACUUGAGAGGCAGAUCGCUGCGGCUGAACAGCUCUCAAGACUGGUCAAGAAAGGCGGGAUCAUUGUUGGCCGGCAGAUGGGUAGCGUGAAGCCGGGGGAUGUUCCCGCCAUCCAGGAGGGAAGUGUCAGCUAUAGGCACAAUGUCGAGACAUUCAACGCCAUGUGGCGAGAAGUAGGGGAGGCUACAUCAACCCGAUGGGAGGUUGAGGGCACCAUGGAUAUGAUCGGAAUCAAUCCUAAUAGCCCCGUCGAGGACGAGAACAGCCGCAGGUUGCUAUUUACCGUUUCUAGGGUUGAAUAA